CUUGAACUUUACUUUCCUCUAAUCCUUUGACACAUCGCCGGGUCGCAAAGCAGCUGAGACGCCUUUGCCGAAGCCUCUUGCUGCCUCCGCCUCGCUCAUUGCUCAUCCUACGUGCAUAGCGUAACCUCCUCUAGCUCGCGCGUCACUACUGUUCCAUCGUCUUGCUCUGGAUGCAAGAAUGGCGGCGAGCACCACCACGCCGACGAUGCCGGCGACGGUCACGCCGCUGCCUGGCUACGGCUACCAGGGCUCCGCCGCGGGUGCAGGCGCGGGCGUGGCGACCGUGCCUGCAGCACACAGCUCGGGGUCCAUCGGCACGUUCUUCGCCGUGCUCACGGCGGUCCUGGUGCUCACCUUACUGUCCUGCGUCUUCGGCCGGGUGUGCGCGGGCCAGGCCGAGGGGCCCGAAGAGCGGUACGACUGCGCGAGGCUGGCCCGCCGGUGGCGCGCUCCUCGCCGGACGGACAGGCGGGAGGCGAAGCCGCCGCCCGUGGGGGAGGUGCCCGCUGCAUUGCCACUGCCUGAGGAGCCGUGAAGAAGCCGCUGCCGCCGAGGUUCAGGACCGUUUUCUCUCUUCUCUCCAGAACUCCGAUUAGUUG